AUCAAUAUAACACCAAAUAUAAAAACAACUGAGUGUUGAGUGUAUAGAGAGAGUCGAAAAAAUGGGUUCCUCCAUAUUAUUGGUUUCGUUUGCUCUCGUGGUUAUGAUGGCGAUUUCUUAUGAACCACUCCAAUGGAUGGGAGUAAACGCGAGCGAUGUACCGACAACUUGCUACCAUUGUAACCAGACGUUCGAGAGUCAAGAAUUAGCUCACAAAGAUGAUUACAAGAUUUAUGGGUACCCUUAUUCCACCAACACAAGGCGUGUCCUCGCCGUUCUCCAUGAGAAAGGUCUCUCUUACGAUCCCAUCACCGUCGACUUGAAAGCCGGUGACCAGAAGAAGCCACGUUUUCUCUCUAUCAAUCCAUUUGGUCAAGUUCCAGUGUUCCUAGAUGGGCAUCUUAAGUUGACUGAAUCUCGAGCUAUAUCUGAAUACAUCGCGACUGUCCAUAAAUCAAGAGGCACACAACUUCUGAAUUACAAAAGCUACAAAAAAAUGGGAACACAAAGAAUGUGGAUGGCUAUCGAAUCUUUUGAGUUUGAUCCACUCACAUCCAUAUUGACCUGGGAGCAAUCCAUCAAGCCUAUGUACGGGCUAAAGACGGACUACAAGGUUGUGAAUGAAACGGAGGCGAAGUUAGAGAAAGUUCUAGAUAUAUACGAAGAACGACUCAAAAAGUCUAGCUUCUUGGCUAGUAACAGCUUCACAAUGGCUGAUCUUUAUCACCUUCCUAAUAUACAAUACCUUAUGGACACACAUACAAAGAGAUUGUUUGAAAACCGGCCAAGCGUGCGCCGGUGGGUGGCUGAGAUCAUAGCUAGACCCGCUUGGAAGAGGGCAUGUGAUGUGAAGGCUUGGUACCAUACGAAGAAGAAUUAAUGAGAGCAAAUAAUUUGUUUUCUUGAGUUUGAUGUUAUGAAUAAAAAGGCAAAACUUUU